CCAUUCUCUACCAUUCUUUUGAUUUGUUUAAACUGAACAAGAUUGAUAUGUGUCUAGAUUCAUUGCACCUGCAAAUGGGCAAGUAGGAAUAAGGCCAUUUGAUUGAUUCCUUCCACCUUUGUUAGGGGAAGAAAUGAUGCCUCUUUUAGAUUAAAGAAAUGAUGGCCUCAAUGACACUAACCCUUUUUUCUGGUUUUCCACUUCCCUCGAGCUCUAGCUUACCCAACUUCCUUUCGAGUUCCAUCGACUUACACUAUAGCCUUAUUGUUCAUGCACGCUGCCUACAAUGGCGUCCAGGUUCAUUAGCCUUUUCUCUCGUAAGUUUGCUAUUUAACCUAUUCAUAGAAAAGCUGCUUAAUGCUUAUAUACCAAUGGGAGGGAAUAUAGUGCUCGAUUGGCUUUAGUGGAUUUGGUGGUGAGAUGAAGCUGCUGAUCAAGAAUCUUUGUCUAUGUGCAGAGUGAUAUCAGUGAGGUCGUUCAUCAUCUGGUGCUUUUUUUUUUUGGACAGCCUCGUGGCCAAACUAAAGAGGGUAUCGUCAUUACCUAAGAAAUUCAUCACUUUGUCUCCUAGUAGAUUGACACGAGUGCGGGCCGAACUUUAAAUUUCUAAAGUCGAAGUGCACCUACUCUAACCCUAACAAUGACAAGUAUAACGAACAAGGGUUUGGUCUAGUGGUGAUACCACUAGCCUAGAAACUGGAGGUCUCAGGUUCAAAUUCCUUUAGUGGAACUUAAUCACAAAAGUAAACCUAUAUCACCCUUAUAUACAAAAAAAAAAAAAACAACAACAACGACAAGUAUACCGAUGCUAGGCUUGUAGUAAAGUUGCCGAUCAUAUUCCAAGGGAACCUUAGACUUACUAUUACUUCACUCCGAACUACUACCUAAUCAAAUAGGAAGUUUGAGGGUACAACUUCAACUAAUCUAACCUAACCUAGCUAACUAACUAAUCAAUCAAUCAAGCGGUUGGGAGGCCGCUAGAGGUGAGAUGAUUGUCUAGGAUCGAAUCUUUCUAGCUAUAGGUUGAUAUGAGCGAUAAUCUAAUGAUAUUUUGAAGUGCGGAGAUCAUGAAGGUGGGAAUGGACUCCAUGGUCAUGGGAUCGAACCUCCUCAUAUAGCUAGGUUCACCGGCCUAAUGUCACCUUAACCGGUCUACCCAACUAGGAAUUUGCUUCUAUCUCCUCUAAACGGAUUAUAUCCGUCCACACACAAAUCGGGUAAGUCAAUGAUCACACAAUUACCCCACAACAUCAACUAGUUGAGAAUCUAACUAAAAGGUCACCUUGACUUCUCUACCGGCUCACGAUCCAUCAAAUAAUUGAGGCUUUUUAAUAUAGUCCUCGAUAUGUAUUGGCCCCUUAGGAUUCCAUUUUCGACCACAGCCCAAGAAUUCACGUUUUCCUCGUCACGUCAACUUUUGAGCCCAAUGGAUUCAAGUCUUGUAGCUGGCCCAAUGAAUAGGCCUACCGGGCCCAAAUUCAGUUUAUCAGACGAAGAGUCGAGAGGGUAACACAACACCUUCUCAUUUGCCGACGGCAAGUCAAGAGUAGCGAGAGCCUAGUCGGCGGCAGAGCUUGGGCAACAAGGCAGAAUACUUGGCGCGACGACAUGAAGGAAGCCAGCAGCUUUCCAUAAAGCUGAUCGAUUUCCACAGGAAGCGAGGAAGACCCAUGGGAAGGAAAACCUCUCUCUAGACGAAAAUGGUGCCCGUUUCCCGGUUUAUUUUCUUCGCAUCCAAGCACGCGCCAAUGCAGCAUUCUCUCUCUUUGCUUCGAAGGUUUAGCCCAUCGAGGAAUCCGCAAUCUCGUAGCUAUACGAAAUCAACCAAACACGGGGGUGAAAAGCGGGAAACUCAGCAUGUGUACACUAUUGAAGAACCUCAGCGAGAGAAAUCUUAUGCUACUUUCAUCCUUCCUGCUGCUUUGCUAGGAUUUGGAGGGCUGGCAGCUUUCCUCCGAUACAAUGAUGAGAGGAGAGCAAUUCCAAGAGGUGAAACCCAGAAGGAACAAUUUUGCCCAGGUCCUGUUAUUGGCGGUCCAUUCUCUCUGAUUGAUACCGAGAAGCGAGUGGUAACAGAGCGUGACUUUCUAGGGAAGUGGGUUCUGCUAUACUUCGGCUAUACAUCCUCACCUGAUAUUGGCCCCGAACAAGUAAAAACCAUGGCCGAGACCAUUGAUAAACUAGAAUCACAGGAAAAUCUCAAGCUUUUGCCAGUGUUCGUCACACUCGAUCCUCAGCGUGACACUCCUACCCAUCUCCGUGCCUAUCUCAAAGAGUUUGAUCCCAGAAUCGUCGGAUUCACAGGCGCACCUGGUGCUGUGAGGCAGAUGGCACUGGAGUACCGGGUUUUCUUCAGGAAGAUUGAGGAGGACAAAGAUGAUUAUCUUGUGGAGGCAAACCACAACUUCUAUCUGAUCGGUCCUAACAAGGAGGUGGUGAAAUGUUUCGGGCCGGAGUACAAUGCAGAGCAUUUGACUGAAGCGAUAGCCAAGGAAAUGAAGAGGAAAGCGGCAUCUUAGUCAAUUUGGCUGCCUGGAUUUCCUGGACAGGCUGUUGAUGAUAUUGACCCUAGUUCAUAACUUCCAUUGCUAGAUUGUUUGACUCAAACAAGGGGAAAUUUUUGGUUAUUGGAGAAAAAGUCUCCUCUAGCUUAGCUAACCAAGAUCAGGAGGUAGUGACCACGGUGGAAGUGGAGUAUAUGUGCAUAUAGCCAAAUAUCAAAACCUUCGAAACAAGUACAUUCAUCCUUGCUGCCAUUUUCACUUUUAUUCUCUUACUGGGUGACUCUAAACUCCAAAGUUCAGUGGUUGUGUGUGAAUUUUGUUUGAGGGUUUUAGAAAUGCAGUACCCUUAUCGAAGAAGGGCUGCAGGAGGUUGUAUAUAUACCUCUGUUUAAAACCAACAACAGUGUUUUGCCACAUGUCAGAGAGACAUUGGCUAUUACAAAACAGUCUUACUGUUAAUUAACGGUUAAUACAAUAUUAAUGAAACGACAGCGUGUGUUCCUUCUUCUUCCUUUCUUUCUUCAAUCCGACAUCGUUUCCUUCUUCCUUCAUAGCUGCUGCAAAUCUCUCUUAGUCUCGGAUUCUUCAUCUGCUACUCCUUCAACUUCUUCUUCAGUCAACACCCCGCCUUCAAGUUGUGGACAUCAUUCUGAUUCCCAACUUGUCCAGUAGUUCUUUCAGCUUCACUCUGUGCACUGCCUCGUGAAUAAAUCUGCAAGCUGAUU